CUUUCCAUUGCUCACUGAAGCUCAAUAUUAUUUUAGUUGACCAACUAAUAAAAACUGAUAUAGAUAUAAAUGUAUGUUUUGAUUUUUUAAUUGGAAUUAGAGUUGUAAGAAUCUUCUCAGAAAGCAGGGACUUUUGGAUUGACUCCAUUGCAAGAAAGCCUUUGAAGCUCCGGAUCUAUGUGUUCAGAUUCAACAUACUUUGUCAACCAGGUGGAAGAGGAGAGAAAUGUGCUUAGAUUUCACCAAUUCCAGUCUGCCCACAAAUGAAGAGAGGAGUGCACAGGAGGAAUGGAGGCUGAGCCAUAACUAUAAGAUUGUCCUCAAAACAAAAUCAUUUGAUAAAUUCUGUCAGGCCGUCCAAACAGCUCUUUGCCACCAAUUCAACAGCAGAACUGCUCAAUCCCAAAACAUCUUGUUGGAAGACCUGCUUUCACCGAAUGAAGAAAUUAUAAAUGCAUCCCUAAUUCAUCUCAUCAACAAACCAGAGCUCCAUAAAUUAGUGUCCUGUUAUUUCUCCAAUACCCUAAAUUCUUUCCAUGUGUGUGCCCUGCUUCUCGAGAGCACACACAGAGCCCGAGUGAGUUACAUGGCCUUUCAAAAUGUUUUAGAGCAGGAGAAUCCCUUUAUGCAAGGUGCCCAUUUUAAGGGCAUCUGUGAAUUUUUUGAGGGUUUGCAUCAGGAGUUUCAGCCGAGGCGUCAAACCCUAGCUAAAAGACUCAAAUGGCUUUCCUUUGCACAUAAAUUUUUUCCUGAAUUAGUGAAGGAGAAUUCUCAAAUGGAUGCGGCUGCAAAGGGUACUUACAUUUUACUGAACCAGUUGGAAACGACCAGAAUGUUAGUCGCCCGGCUGUAUGAUGAAGUGGAGCACAAUAAAGAUGUAAUAAAGAUCUGGAAAGCAAGAAAGGAUGAAAUUUAUCCUCUUCAGCAAAUAAUCAAGCUUUUGGGAAAAAAUGACAGGAAUUACAGGAGCAGACUAGAUGAAAUUGAAGAGCAGGGUUGCCUUUGUUUGAUGGAGAUCAACAGAGUGAGAGCUCUUCUUCUUCAGCACAUAAAAAAUUAACUUCCCGAAUUCUUGUCUGCUUAUUUUUCCUGAAAUGGAUUUGUUUCAGAAGAUGGGUGUGAGCCUGUGAGGUAUUUGCCAAGCUCUUCGCCAUUUCCAUUUGCUUAUUCAUUUGACUUUACCAUUCUUCAAAAGGAGAAUGUUUCCAGUUUGGGAUUGCCGGAUUUAGAGCAUUGCUAUUCAAUAAGAUUGUUUGAUUUUGGAAACGUC